AUGCCAGACGCGUACGUUCUGCACCGGGUGCUGCGCAAGGUCGCUGAGUGGGCAUUGCUCGCCUUCUUCACGGAGAUCCAUGUCAUUGGGGGAGAGAAUGUGCCGCAACGCGGCCCGCUUAUUGCCACGGCGACGCAUCAUAACAUGAUGAUUGACCCCGCUAUUCUAUCGACCAUGUUUCCAUACAAGCGUAUUCUGCACUUCUGGGCCAAAGCAUCGCUCUUUGCGAACCCAACUGUGAGCUAUAUUCUUACUUCGGCGGGCAACAUCCCUGUGGACCGCAAGGCGAAGGAUCGCAAACAACUCUUUCGCGGCACGCUACAAUCUCUCUCUCACGGCCAUGCCGUUGCCGUCUUCCCUGAGGGCACUUCGUACACAGAGCCACGCAUUGUGCAGGUCAAGGAUGGCGCCGCGUGGGCCGCACUAGAGUAUGCGAAGUUAGUGAGGGAGCACCCGGAGCAGAUCAAAGCAGGCGCGGAACGCGUCGUGGUCGUCACCGCCGCGAUUGUGUAUACGAACAAAACCAAGUAUCGCAGCACUGCUAUCAUGGAAUUUGGACCACCAAUCGCUCUAGACGCGUAUAUUGAGCAAUUUAUGUCCACAGAGGAAGGCGCACCCCGCGCGGCUGUGAAACGCCUUACCGCUACCAUCGAGCAGCAGCUCAUUGAGGCCACAAUCAACGCACCCGACUGGGAUACGCUCUAUGCAGCACGCAUGGCGCGUGACCUGCUCUGGGGUGACGAGAAAGCAAUCAACCUCGACGAGUUUGUCGCCAUCUCCCAGACGCUUGUCGAUUUAUUCUCAACGCCCGAUCUCGUCCCCAAUUUCAUCUCCAUUCGGCGGCACCUGCUCACAUACUACUCGCUUUUGCAAUCCACGGGUCUCUCGCACGCUGAGCUCGCUGCUCUUCCGCUGCCUGAGACACUCGACCCAAACCGCCCGAUCGCGCUUCCGAGUCGUCUCUUUGCGCUGAGCCUGCUCGUACGCGACUCAUUAGCGCUUGCAGUGCGCCUCCCAUUCUUCGCUGCACCACUCCUCCUGCAUACACCUGCAUACCUGUUUGCGCGCGUCGGUGCACGUCUCGCGGAGGAUGAGGAGGAAACGCAGGCGCAGAACAAGGUUGUCUUCGGGCUCCUGCUAUUGCUGCUAAUAUAUCCUGCAACGUUUUUCUUCAUUUGGGCCUUACUCUGGUACACUCCAAUGGGUGCGCUCGCUGCUGCAACUCUUGUGGUAUUGUUCGCAAAUUACCAUAACAAACUAAUUAAUGAUAAUUAUGAACAUGCGAAACGUCUUGUGGCAGCUUGGCGUGUCCUUGUUGGACUUUGGAUCCCCAAGCGAUGGGACCUCUCGAUUAACGCUCUCUCGCAAUACACCAUUCCGCGUGUACCACCAGAAAAUGAGUGGGUCGAUCGUUCCAGAGUCAAACCGCGCCGAACGUCAUCUGCUCCCGUAUCUGGUACAUCGACGCCCACGGGUUCGCAGCCCACCGCAUUGGUCCCUAAGCUUCAGCGCGAACGCCGCCGCCCGCCGACACGUCGCCUCAUUCGGCACGUCCUGCGUGCACGGGUGGAAGCGGCGAAAGCGCUCGCAUCUCUAUUCUCACAGCUCGACCGCGGCCCCGGUGCAGAGAGCACGCGCGUGUGCGCUUCGGCUCACCUCGCACGUGCGUUCGGUGGGCAGGUCGAGGAGGCGCCCAUGCAGGACACCGAUGAAGGUGUCGAGGCGCUAUUUGAGCUUAUCGGUUGGCGCUCUGCGCGUGAGGUUGUUGCCUACCUUCGUGCUAGAGGCGCAAGGAUCGCUGCGCUGGAAGAGCGAGUAAAGGCUGAUUGGGCAGCUGUAAGCAGCGAGGGGGAGGGCGAUAGUGAUGCCGUCAUCGGCGAUGCAGAGAAGGAUGAAGAUCUAGUAUGGGUACCUACAGGGCAAUGA